AUGCUGCUAGUGACUGGAGCUGUGCUGCUGCUGCUGUUGCUGCCUUGGGCUGCCCAGGGCCAGGCCAGGCCUGGGAGCAGCAGCCUUGCCUGGGCUCAGGGCCAGCAGCUCUCCCAGAAGCUCUGCACGCUGGCCUGGAGAACACAUCUACCAAUGGCACACAUGGAUGUCCCAAGAGAAGAGGGAGAUGAUGAGACUACAAACAGUGUACCCCAUAUCCAGUGUGGGGAUGGCUGUGAUCCCCAAGGACUCAAAGAUAAUAGUCAGUUAUGCUUGAAAAGGAUACACCAGGGCCUGAUUUUUUAUGAGAAACUGCUGGGCUCAGACAUUUUCACAGGGGAGCCUUCUCUGCUCCCAGAUAGCCAACUUCAUGCCUCCCUCCUAGUCCUCAGCCAUCUCCUGCAGCCUGAGGGUCACCAUUGGGAGACUCAGCUGACACCAAGCCUCAGUCCUACCCUGCCUUGGCAGCGCCACCUUCUGCGCCUCAAGAUUCUUCGUAACCUCCAAGCCUUUGUGGCUGUAGCUGCCCGGGUCUUUGCCCAUGGAGCAGCAACUCUGAGCUCUUGA